AUGGACCGUCCACCGCUAUAUAUCGUCCCGCCCCAGAAUACACACACCCAUACCGCCAUCCUUCUCCACGGUCGCAGCGGUAACGGUCCCAAUUUUGCUUCCGAGCUUUUCUCUGGACUUACCUCGAAUGAAGAGAAUCUACCCUCUAGUCUCCCAUCAUGGCGCUGGGUUUUUCCGUCCUCCCGUCAGCUAUAUGAUACUUCCAUCCAGGCUCGUAGGCCCACCUGGUUCGAUGCAUACUCUCUGAAAAACAUCGACGAGGAGCAGGACCUACAGAUUGAUGGCUUGAGGGAAUCAGUGACCUACAUUCUCGAGAUCAUAGAGAGUGAAAUUGCAUUGGUUAAUGGUGAUCCUCAGAAAAUUGUUCUUGGUGGCUUCAGUCAGGGCAACGCAACAUCGUUGUGGACGCUUUUUUCUUCUCUUGGUCGGUUCUCAAAGCCACUUGGGGGCUACUUGGGUCUUUGCGGAUGGUUGCCAUUCAACACACAAAUCACAAAGGUCUUGGAUGAGGCCAAUGCUGCCAACAAAGAAGCAUCCCUUGCUGUUAGCGAAUUUAUCCUUGACAAGCUUGAGGCUUCCCACGGUGAGCAUGAGCAUCAGGUCAAGCGAGUGGGUGAUAAAUCCCACUUGGGUAUACCCGCUCUUCAUAUUCACCACGAGGAUGAUAUGGUUAUAGCACCCAAGCUAGGAAGAGAAGCGUAUGCCAUUCUUUGUGGGGUGGGAUUAAAUGCGGAUAUUCGAAUAGUUGGUGGGCUUAUUCCUCCGGGGUAUGAUGGACAUUGGAUCGGAGAACCAUUCGGGUUCGACGAGAUUCUUCAGUUCCUCAGUGGGCUUAUUUUGAGUUAA